CCUCGUAACGCCAAUCUCUGGCGCUCCAAUCGCGUCGGAAAAAAUAAAAUCGCUUCUACCCGUCGUCGGUUCGGAGUGAAAAAUUCAGUUUAAAUUCAGCUAAUUAUUAGUAAAAUCUGCCUCCAAAUAGGAAUCUUAACCGAAAACAUUACCAUCGACAAUUCUCGGAGUCCUUUUGUCAAGGCUCUAAAUUGUGUAUCGAAUGGCUGAUCAGUAAUUUCCUAUUUUCUCUCUGUCAUUAACCUGUUUGUUUUUACGAGAGUCCAAAAUGAAGAUACUGCAGCCGAGUUGGGUGCAUCACGAUGAUAAGCCGAUAUUUUCCAUCGACGUUCAUCCCGGUGGAGAGAAAUUCGCGACCGGAGGACAAGGGAAUGAUUCGGGUCGAGUAGUCAUUUGGAAUCUUGUGCCGGUUAUCGACGAGGAAGCGGAAAGAGACAAAAAUGUGCCACGCAUUCUCUGCCAAAUGGACAACCAUUUAGCUUGCGUGAAUUGCGUCCGGUGGAGUGGCAGCGGAACCAUGUUGGCCUCAUGCGGGGACGAUAAACUGAUAAUGAUUUGGAAACGAUCCGCAGGUGGUGGAAGCUCUUUCGGAGCUGGUAAAACAGCCGAACACUGGCGCUGUGCUGCUACCUUGCGCGGCCAUGCUGGCGAUGUAUUGGACCUGGCUUGGUCGCCUCAGGACAAAUACAUUGCUAGCUGCAGCGUUGAUAAUACGGUUAUCAUUUGGGACGCCAAGGAUUUUCCCACGAUUCUCAGGGUUAUGAAAGGGCACACUGGCCUUGUAAAAGGAGUUACUUGGGAUCCUGUGGGAAAGUUCGUCGCUUCUCAAAGUGACGACAAAACUUUAAAGCUAUGGAAAACGUCUGAUUUCUCGCUUUUUAAAACGAUAACGGAACCCUUCGAGGAAUGCGGAGGAACAACCCAUAUCCUAAGGUUGUCAUGGUCUCCUGACGGGCAAUAUUUGGUUUCGGCACAUGCCAUGAAUGGAGGUGGUCCUACGGCCCAGAUCAUAGAACGGGAUGGGUGGAAGUGCGAUAAAGAUUUUGUUGGUCAUCGAAAAGCUGUGACCUGUGUACGGUUUCACAAUUCCAUUUUGAAGAGAACGGUUCCAAACGGUAAUAAAUCGCAACAGUAUUGCUGCCUGGCUGUUGGUGCCAGAGAUAAAAGUUUGUCCGUUUGGUUAACGGCUUUGCAGCGACCUCUGGUCGUUGUACAUGAUCUCUUCGAUGAUUCGAUCUUAGACCUGAGUUGGAGUCACAACGGUUACAUUUUGCUUACAUGUAGCGGCGAUGGUCACGUAGCUUGUUUACAGUUCAGUUCUGAUGAACUAGGUACGCCUUUGUCAGAAGAAGAUAAAAAUAAUCUCUAUCAACGUAUGUAUGGCAAAGAUAUCACUCUGGACAUAAAUGCUCAAUCCGACAAGGAUAUGAUUAUUGAAAAUGCAGAACUUUUGAACAUAUCACAAAAUAAGAUUGUGCCACCUACCUUAAUACCUCAGCAAUCACCAACGCCUGUGUUAAAAACGAGUAAUACUGCCAACGACACUAGUAUAAAGACAGUUCAAAAAACUACAACCACAAGUGCUGUUACAUCCACGAUAAUCCCAACUAGUCAGGAACAAACUCAACGACCGAUAUUGAAGCAAAUUGAAACGAAAACUUCCGAUGGUAAACGAAGAAUAACGCCUAUGUUUAUUCCGUUGAACGACACGGUCACAACACCAUUAUCUUCUAAUGAAUUUUCAAGCAGCAGUGCGAGCAAAAGUGAAAUAAUAAAGGUAGAAACGAUCUCUGAUGAUCCUCCCCAGCCUACUACUAUUCCUAAAACAAAUGGCACCGAUCUGAUUCCAUCGCAUUCUUCAAAACUUGAAGACAAAACCGGGAAGCUGGACAACCGAUUGAAAAAAAUGACACUAGCACCGGCUCAGGUAGAUUCCAUCCCGGAAGGUGACAGCAGUGAAUCCGCAGCUAAAUCAUCAAUAAGUCAACAAAAUCUUCGACAAAUCACACAACCACCACCAGCCUCCGGUAAGGCCAAUCCACUGCCAGGAGUUCAAACUCGAGGAGUUGGUGAUUAUCGGAUACAAAUUGCCAACAACUCUAUCAAAAGCGGCUACGGAGCUCUUUGUAGAAUCGUGGGAAACUUGCUGUCCGUCCCUCGGGCGGAUAAAAAGGUCUGGGAAACUGUGAUUGGAUCACCCGUCGUGAGUGUAGCCGUAUCGCGGAAAAAUGUUCUCCUGUGUAGUUUGGACGGUGGAAUCCGUUUCCUCGACAUCGGCACUGGUUCACCCUUGUUGCCAGUCAUCAGUUUGACCAGUCCAGUCGUGCUGAGUUGUUUUAGCGCUAACUGCAAACUAGGAGCUGUAUUGACCGAAAACUCAACCCUUCGGAUAUGGGAUUUAGUCGAUCUGUCCAUUUACCUUAGCGCUAACUGUGCUGAUAUUAUGGGCACGAGUUUCGCAUCCCUUUUCCACGUCACCGAUCAGGGAAUACCAUUCAUUGUGUUGGCAAAUGGUUCCUCCUAUUCUUACAGCAAAAAGCUGGAGAGCUGGAUAAUUGCUAACUCUGCCGAUCCCAUCACGCGGCACGGCCUUAUAUCAACCAAAGCCGGUGCGCCCAUAAGAAAUGUUAAAACAUUUCCUCUGGCCACUAUUCAGUCUUUUUCGACUUCCUCUCCACUCAAAGCAAGAAGUUUUGUCGAAAAUUCUAAUAAUGGGUGGCAAAACUCAGCCAUGCUGGCUUUCGUUGAGAAUCAGAUCAAAAUAGCGGAAAUGAUUAAUUCACAGAACGAGAUGAAACAUUGGUACCUGAUGUUGGGUUUCCAGCUGGGACAGUACGGUGAUGAGAGCAAGAUUCGACAGGUGCUCGAUGGCUUGAUGGGAUCGUCAUUCAACAUGCUAGAAAACGGUCAUGAGCCAGAUUCUAAAAUAGCCGGCAUCAGUAAGUUGGUGCUGGCUGGUGAGAUUCUCGAUCAACUGAAGGCUCAUCCCCAGUGGCAACGAAUCUACAUGGAGUACAACGAUCAGCUCAAAAUGUGCCAAAAACAACCAUCAGCAGCACUAAACCCAACGCCGCCACCGUCGUCGGAGGAAGUCAGUAAAAGCAAUGGUUCCGCGUCCGUCAAAGGUGUCUCAGAUUCAGCUGUAAAGACUGAUUUUAAAUCUGAAAUAAGAAAAGUUAAACAUGUGAAAUCUCCCUGCAUGAUGAAUCAUGAUAAAUUACCCAACACAGCGGGGACAUCAUGGAGAUGAAACUGAAAUUCCACAAAUGCUCGAUGGUUUGUUGGAAUCUUCGGCUGAAAUGCUAGAAAAUUGUCAUAAGCCGGAAUCAAAAAUCAACAAGCUGGAAUAGGCUCGAGAGUUUCUGGCAAGAUAGAACCCAUCCCCUGUUGCAACGAAUCUACAUGGAAUACCUAAAACAACUCCGAAUGUGCCGAAAUCGACUACCAUUAUCCAGUAGAUGUCACGAGAAGCAACGGUUCUAUGUAAGUCUAAAGUUAAUUUAUUAUGUUUGUGUUUUUGUUCAAGUGUAAAUGUAAAGUUGCCUUUCCCGAUGUCUGGCAAACGGGCAGAUAUCACUAAAGGUACAAUGACUCGCGUUACGAGCGCCAGAUAAACCAUAUUUA